AUGACUUGGCUUGAAGAGUUUCAUAAAGCUCAGCACACUACCAAAAUUAGCAAGAAGAAAUCUAGUGAGAAGUGGACCGCUAGCUCUUAUGCUUCAAAGCUUAAUGUAAAUGGAACUUUCUUACCUUCUUUGACACAGGGAGGAGUUGGAGGUAUUCUAGGAGACUGCAAUGGUAGUUUUAUUGCAGCCUACAGUAAACCAGUUCAUUAUGUUGCUUCAGCUCAACAUGUUGAACUUAUGGUAAUUAGAGCAGCCUUGGAUUUUAUCAAGCAGCAGCAGCUUAUAAACAUCAUUAUUGAAUCAGAUUGCUUGGUAGCUGUUCAAGAUAUCCAGCAGCCUAGCAGGAAUCUCAGUAUCAUGCAUGUUGCGGUUCUAGACAUCAAGAGUGAGCUCCUAAAUUUGCAAAAUGGUCUUCCUUCACUACUUCACUCUCUUGUGUUUUUAUGGAUUGUUGCUUCGUCUACUUUUGGCGUUGGUUAUGGCCAAAAUGGUACUCUCAACCUCCUUGAUUUCGGCGCCUCCGGCAAUGGCGUAGCUGACGAUACUGAAGCUUUCGACACUGCAUGGAAGACGCUUUGCUCUACCGGCCAAACCUUAAACAUCCCUGCCGGGAAGACCUUCGUAGUUAAACCUCUUAAACUUGAAGGUCCUUGCAAAUCCAGUGGUGUUGUAAUUCAGAUUGAUGGGAAUCUUGUUGGUCCGCCCACUCUUGGCGAAUGGCAAGACGCGUGCGCACUGAAAUGUUGGCUAUGCUUCAUGAGCGUGAACGGCCUCGUCAUCAAGGGGAAAGGAGUUAUAGAUGGCAAGGGCUCAAUUUGGUGGAACCAAAAAACGCAAUCCAUAGAUGCUUUAUACUUCAACAAAUGCUAUCAACUUCAAUUAUCAGGAAUUACUUCUCGUGAUAGCCCUAGAGUCCAUAUAUUUUUAUUUCGCAGCAAUGGUGCACAUAUAUCAAACGUUCAUGUGAGCGCACCGGAAAAUAGCCCGAAUACUGAUGGCAUCGACGUCUCUGAAUCAAGCCAAGUAACCAUACAAGACUCUGUUAUCGGAACUGGUGAUGAUUGCGUUGCAAUUAAGGGAGGCGCCUCUUUUGUAAACGUAACUCAUGUGACAUGCGGACCAGGUCAUGGUUUCAGUGUCGGUAGUUUAGGGAUGAUUCCAUCUACUGCAGAUGAAGUCCAUGACAUAUAUUUUCAGAAUUGUAACUGUGACAAAACUAUGAACUGCGCAAGAAUUAAAACAUGGAUGGGAGGAUCUGGGUUUGCCAAAGAGAUUUUCUAUAAUCAGAUGACCCUUCAACAGUCACAAAAUCCAAUUUUGAUUGACCAACACUACUGUGAUGGCGGACAUAGUUGCACAGUUAUGGCCGGAGCGGUGAAAGUUAGUGACAUAACAUUCAGUGGCUUUACCGGAAGUUCAGCAAGUGAGCAAGCAAUAACAUUGAAUUGCUCGGACUCGGGUUGCCCCAAUAUUCUGUUGGAUCAUGUCAGCCUAACUUCUGGGAUCGGAAAGCCACUUCGUUCUGCAUGUUACAAGGCUACUGGAAAAGCUAGUUUUACUGAUCCUCCAGUUCCUUGCCUAAACUCGAAGCAAAAUCUGGCACCAGUGAUGGCACCACUCCCAAUCACAUAUUAA